CACCUCUAAAAAAACCCACAUGAAAACAGUAAUAAAUGAGAGUUUUGCGCAUGCGCAGAGCCGCUAAGUAGCACAAAUCGAUGGGUAGCAUAACUCGAUAGAACACCCGGCCGGGGAGCCACUCCAGUCUGCCGCACUGAACUCAGCCUAAACACAUCUAAUUCUAUAUUUUCUGAUUCAUUAUUAGGAGUCUGCGGGGCCGCUCCUGCGUUUCGGUUACAUUCUCUCUCAUGCAGCUUCCUGCUCUUAUUACUGUCAGUGAAUUUACGGAACACAGAGCAGCUUCCAACAUGUCUGCGCCCUGAUACUACAUACAGCACACUGACUGAAGGCAAUGUGGAAGCUCACCUGUGGCAGAUCCCUGGGGGCAGGUAGUAGAAGUGUUACCAGAGCUCGGAGAACAUGGGGGCAAAGGUGCUGCUCUGCAGCAGCUCAGUCUCCACCUUCCUCCUCUUCAAAGCCUUUACAUCCACAGAGAACUCAAUCAGAAAAGGCAAAAAGGAAAAGAAAGAGAGAAGAAGCCAUUCUUCACAGUAAUGUGGAUAACAUUGGUAUGAAAUGGUCAGAAAAAGAGAAGAUAACAUACAGUGCUGCUGUCCUGCCUGGCAAGAAGAAAGAUACCACUGUACCUCUCCCGCAGUCCUACAGCCCAGCAUAUGUUGAGUCCUGCUGGUAUCCGUGGUGGGAGAAACAGGGAUUCUUCAGCCCUGAGAAGCAUAGUGAGCUUCCACAAGCUGUAGACAGAUAUUUCUCCCUCUGUAUUCCACCGCCAAACGUGACUGGCACUCUGCAUCUUGGUCAUGCUCUGACUGUGGCGAUAGAGGACGCUUUAGCUCGCUGGCGGCGAAUGCAAGGCUACAAGGUGUUGUGGGUGCCAGGCUGUGACCAUGCAGGGAUUGCAACACAGUCUGUGGUUGAGAGGAGAUUGCUAAGGGAAGAAGGCAAGCGUCGGCAAGAUUACAGCAGAGAUGAAUUUCUGCAGGAGGUCUGGAGAUGGAAAAAAGAAAAAGGAGAAGAGAUUUAUCAUCAGCUGAAGAAACUUGGCGCUUCGCUGGACUGGAGAAGAGCCUGUUUCACCAUGGACCCGGGUUUUAGCAGUGCUGUGACCGAGGCCUUCGUACGGAUGUGUGAUUCAGGGCUGAUCUAUCGCUCUGAAAGCCUGGUCAACUGGAGCUGUGCACUGGAGUCUGCAAUCUCAGACAUAGAGGUUGACUCAAAGCAGUUGUCUGGCAGGACUCUUCUGUCUGUUCCUGGCUACCAGAAGAAAGUAGAAUUUGGGACAAUGGUUACAUUUGCAUAUCCUCUAGAUGGACAGGAGGGGGAGAUUGCCGUGUCGACCACACGUCCUGAGACUAUGCUGGGUGACGUGGCCGUUGCUGUGCAUCCAGAUGAUACUCGAUAUCAGGCUCUCCAUGGAAAACAGUGCAGACACCCGUUCACCAACAGACUCUUGCCUAUAAUCACAGAUCGUAUGGUGGACAUGGAGUUGGGUACAGGAGCUGUGAAGCUGACCCCUGCUCAUGAUUACACCGACUUCCUGCUCUCUCAAAGGCACUCACUGCCACGCCUGACCGUGAUUGGAGGAGAUGGAACCAUGACCUCGCUUUGUGGUCCCUGGCUUGAGGGAGUUCAGCGAUUUGAGGCCAGGGAGCGAGUGAUUAGUGCACUGAGGGAGAUGAAGCUGUUCAGAGGGAAGAAGGAGCAUCCCAUGUCUUUACCAGUUUGCAGCCGUUCUGGAGAUGUCAUUGAACCCUUGCUGAAGAAACAGUGGUUUGUUCGCUGUGAGAAAAUGGCACAGAAAGCAAUUCAAGCCGUCGACGAGGGAGACCUGGAAAUUAUUCCUCACUUUUACACCAAAACAUGGAAGAACUGGCUCACCAACAUCAGUGAUUGGUGCAUUUCUAGACAACUUUGGUGGGGUCAUCAGAUUCCAGCAUAUCAAGUGACACUGCCAGACUCACACACAGAUACAGAAGAGGAGCGGUGGGUGUGGGGCAGGAGUGAAUCUGAAGCCAGAGAGCGUGCAGCUGCGAAAUUUGGAGUGUCCCCUAAUGCUGUUGUUCUCACACAAGAUCCAGAUGUGUUGGACACGUGGUUCUCUUCAGGUCUUUUCCCCUUUGCUAUGCUGGGCUGGCCUCACCAGACAGAAGACCUGAAGCAGUUCUAUCCCAACACCAUUCUGGAGACUGGAAGUGACCUCAUCUUCUUCUGGGUGGCCAGGAUGGUAAUGCUCGGGACGGAGUUGACCGGCCAGCUGCCCUUUAAACAAGUGCUCUUUCAUUCUCUGGUGAGGGAUAAGCACGGUCGGAAGAUGAGCAAGUCUUUGGGAAAUGUCAUCGACCCUCUGGAUGUAAUCUCAGGUGUCUCUCUGGAGAGACUUCAAGAGAAGGUCACUGAAGGUAACUUGGAUCCGAAGGAGAAAGCUGUUGCUAUGGAAGCACAGAGGAAAGAUUUCCCAAAUGGUAUUCCGGAGUGUGGGACAGAUGCUCUGCGGUUCGCUCUCUGCUCCUACAAAGCCCAGGGAGAAGACAUCAGUCUGUCUGUGUCUCAGGUGCUGAGCUCCAGACACUUCUGUAAUAAGAUGUGGCAGACCGUACGCUUCACUGUGGGAGCUCUGCAGGACCUGGAAGCUCCUCUGACACCGCUACCUGAGACCUUUCCAGUGUCAAGGAUAGACAAGUGGAUCUGUUCUCGUCUGUACAGCGCAGUGGAGCAGUGUGAGAGGGGUUUUGCGAGUUAUGAGCUGCACACAGUCACCUCCGCUCUUCACUCCUUCUGGCUCCACAGCCUCUGUGACGUCUACCUAGAGUGCAUCAAGCCAGUUUUGAAACAGCAGGCCACAGAGAGCGAAGGAGAAAGAGCAGUAGAGAAGCAGGUUGCCACUGCUGUGCUCUAUCACUGUGUGUCCACCUCUCUGUGCCUCCUUUCACCUUUCAUGCCGUUUCUCACUGAGGAGCUUUGGCAAAGAUUGCAGACUGCUGACCUGAUGUGUAAUUCAGCUCAGACCAGCGUGUGUGUGCAGCCCUAUCCGACGUCCUCUCAGCUGGCUCACUGGCAUUUUCCUCAGGAGGAAGCUGAUUUCCCUCUGGUUCAGGAAGUGGUCAGGGUGGCGAGAGCACUGAGAGCCCAGUAUCACAUAACAAAGGAAAGACCAGAUAUGUGGGCAGUGUGCACACCAGACCAGGCUCAAACCCUCCACAGCUUCAGAUCUGCUAUCUGUGUCCUGGGCCGGGUCUCAAACCUGCACCUGUACUGUCCUCAAGAGGGCUCUAAAUCUCUCCCGUUCCACUCCUCCCUGCCCCCACCUGAAAGUAGCCCCUUUUGUGGUGUGGAUGACCAUUCUAUCCAAUUACACCUGGAUAUACAGAACAGUGUUAAUGCUGACAAACAGAUAAUCCACCUGUCCCAGCGCAGAGAAAUGCUUCUCCAUAGACUUCAGCAAUCCCUCUCUCAGACUAGAGUGCCAAACUACACAGAAAAAGUUCCUGAGCAUAUUCAGCAGGAGACUGGAAAUAAGAUUGCAGCUUUGGAGCAGGAGCUGAAGAGCAUAGAGAACCAGCUUCUGGCUUUGGAAUCUAUGAAAAAGAAUUAAAAAAGUUAACCAAGGCUGGAGUUUGGAAAUUAAACAAAAUACUUUGGAAUUUACAGUGAACUUUACUGACUCUUCAAGCAGAAAUAUUAAAUCAUCUUUUGGACCAUAUUAUAAAAGCUGAGGGUUUUGUAUAUAGUGUUUGUCUGUACCAUAAAUGUUAAAAUAAAUUAUACUUAAGAAAUUA